CUCUGCCACUGCUGAAUGCAUUAGUCUAAUGAGAUGUCUGCAGCCUGUGUGCUGAGCAGCAGCAGCAGCAGCAGUAGUGUAUUAACCAAAAAGAGGACAAGGAAAAAGCAAGAGCAAGAUGGCUUUCCCUUCAUUGUUAGGGAUUUAGCUUUACAGUCACCUUUAGGCUUCUGGGAUAUAAGACAAAAAGGGCUUGGCUCUUGGGCUUUCACAAUAGAAGACAGCAGCUUCAAAUGAGUGUACCUGCAGCGACAGCACAGAAAUCAGACGGCAACAACAGUGAAAUGCAAUCAGCUGCAGUAGCUCCCUCCUUCAUCCCCAGCCAGUCAGGGAAGAUACCGGGCAGGAAGAGAGGGAGACCCCCGCUCCGCAAUGUCGCCAAGAUGGAUUUUCCAAACCGCUACCCCGAGUCGCUCCCUCCACUCAAAGUGCCAAAGAAGAGGGGGAGAAAGCCGGGCUUCAAGCUCAAACCCAGGAUGGUGAUGACACCGUUGGCUAUCUCUCCACCCAGCAGCACCCCUGAGCCCGAUAUGAGCUCCAUUCCUCAAGAUGCCGCCACCAUCCCCCACUCUGCCACGCCCCAGGUGCUUACAGUCUGUAUCUACAUCAACAAGCAGGCCAACACAGGCCCCAACCUGGACAGGAAGAAGAUCCAGCAGCUCCCUGAUCACUUCGGACCCGACAGGCCCUCUGUGGUGCUGCAGCAGGCCGUCCAAGGCUGCAUCGACAGCGCCUUCCUGCAGAAAACAGUGUUCACGCUCCUCACACAAGGCUACGGGGGAGAAAAAAUAUCAGCCACAUUCGAUGGGAAGCAGCACCUUCUCAGCCUCCCCGUAGUGAACAGCAUCGACUAUGUGCUCCGUUUUCUGAAGAAACUCUGCCGCAGCUUGCACUGUGAAAACCUCUUCAGUGAUCAGCCCAUUACCCAGCACAGUGGUGGCUCCUACCAGUCAGAUGCUGAAACAUCUAUGGCCGAGGACUACCAUUUAGACCAAUCCGAUGGCAAACGCUACUCCGUGGACCCCGGCGAUUCUGCUUUCAGCUCCAUAAGCUCGUCCUACUCGCCAAAGACCUCCUAUGGGUUCCGUUCCUCCCAGCAUUUCUCCAACGGCUCGGCCUCCAUGAGCAUGUGCAGGCAGUCGUCCACCAGCCCAAACACAUUCCCAGAGAGCAACAGGACAGGAGGUUAUAAUGCAUCUCCAGAGUCCCAGGAGUCCAAGGCUCCACCCAAUAAAGACCCAUCCACCUGGUCUGUGGAAGAUGUUGUCUGGUUCAUCAGGGAUGCAGACCCCCACGCUCUCGGCCCUCAUGCAGACCUCUUUAGGAAACAUGAGAUUGAUGGAAACGCUUUGUUACUCCUAAAGAGCGACAUGAUCAUGAAGUACCUUGGACUGAAGCUGGGGCCGGCCUUGAAGCUUUGCUACCACAUCGACAAACUAAAGCAGACUAAGUUCUGAAAACCUUCUACGAUAUAUUUCCCCCUCCUUGAAUCCAACAAUACAUUUGAGAAGGGACUCCAGGUCAGUGAGCCAAUGGGAAGAGAGUAGGGCCUCGAGGCAUGAGGUGCAUCACUUCCUUUUAUAAUCCAAAAAAAUGCCGCACAAAGAGUGACAUGUUUAAGUAUUACUGCGCAGAUAUAACUUUAUCUUCAGUUAUAUUCGAAGACGUUUGUAACCAACAUACGCAUUUAAAAAUUAUCAAGGUGAGAAAAGUAGGAGCAGAGUGAAGUCCAACUUAAUGCUGACAUUAUAGGGUUAACAUAAAUGUUAACUUCUCCAACCUGCACUUUAUGUAACUUCAAACAGGUUGUAUUUUAAGGUGAUAUAUCAUCGUAUUUCUGUCCCAGCUAACACACUAUGAAAGAGAGGAUUUCAUGGAUUUUUUUACCUUACCUUAUCACCAAUAAUUUAGUUUUUUGGCCAUUUGGGAGCAGCGGAAACAAGUUGUGAACACAACAUUGACAUAUCACCUUUUAUAUUGAUAUGACGAACUUGUUAAACAAUAGUUGCUAAUUUACACAUCCAACAGGUACGCAGCAACACUAUCACUGAUUUGAAGUCAUGUUUUUGGCCACCUCAUGAAUGUAAAUCUAAUAUCAACUCUCUAUUAGCUCUGUUUUGGUCUCCACCAACUCCUGAGGGAAAUAUCUAGCUCUUUAUAGCCCCUAAAUGCCCCACUAUGUUCACCAGCUAGUCUCUAACUGUGUAUGUCUGCUGUUUGGUGCUGGGCAUGUAGUGUACAGUGGGGUUUUACAACAAACACCUGCCUGCUGCAGCAGAAAUGAUGCUAUGAGAGCGGUGAGAGUGAACACAAAGAAUAAAGUUACGGCCAGACAGCCAAAAAUGUACCUGAGCCUUCCUAUAAAGCCAAGGGAAGCUGCUGAUUCAGGUGAUAUUUCUUGGUUGAUCACUACGAACGAUCCCUUUCACAUGAUCACACUGUUUUUAUGUUCUCAUUGUGUGUGUGAAGUGACACAUCUCAUACCUGAAGCCCUACUCUUUUCCCACUGGUUCUCAGACAUGGGGUCCCCAGACGUGAGGUCCACAGUUGGACCCUCUUGGUACAUUUUGCUAAAGAUUUCCAUGAUGUCAUGUAGUGAUAAUCACAAAUUCACCCCUCUCUUUCUCUCUCUUCUCUUACUUACUCUUCUUUUGGCACAGAUUUUAAACUAAAAACUGUCAGAUUGUGGAAUGCAUCCUUCAUACACAUCUGUUUAAGGCCAAUGUAAGAUAAAGGUUUUGUCUCACAAACCUUCAUGAGCAGCACAACUGUCUGCUGCAUGCAGAUUUCUUAUAUAUAUAUAUAUAUAUAUACAUAUAUAUAUAUAUAUAUAUAUUCAUCAUCUGACAAGAAAUGUAUAACAACAACAGAAAACACUUUUUACCUUAAGAAACUCUCACUUUGUCAAAUCUCACUAUAGGAUCUCAUGUUUACCAAGCUGAAAUCAUAUCUAUAACUGAGAAACGGUGCAUUAAGUACUACAUUGCUUUUUGAUUGAGAGAUUUAGAAAAUCAUUUUGAUACUAUUUUUUCACAUUACUGUGUCACAAAAAAAAGUAAUGUUCCCAUUGGAUUUGGCAUUCUUUUUUAUUAUAAUUUUAAUAUUAAAAAAAAACACUAUAACCUAAACAAAACAUAGCCUACAUAGAAAGACAGUAGCUAUCUUGUUAGUAUUUAUAAAGAAAAAUGAGAGCAUUGUGAACGUGAUAUAUUUAUGUUUCAAUAUGCAAGAUUGUUACAUGCCAGUUAUCUCUAUAGGCUCUUCAUGUAUACUCAUGAGAACGUUUUUUUUAAAUUCACGUGUUUCUAUGUUUUUAUCAAGCAUCAGUGUUGAUACGGAAGCUAUCAAAACACACUAAAUGUUACACUGAGAAAACCUAAAUGACCAUGUAAAUGGGUAUAUAAUAUAGUAUUGCUUUUGUAUACCACUUUUGGUGUACAGUAUGCAUCCUUUUUUAAUCAAUUAACCUUUGUAAGUGAAUGCUGCUGUAAAGAUAUUACAUGUAAGCCAUGCCUAGUGAGAUCAAGCUAAGGUGUUUUAUUUUGAAAAUCACUAUGAAUAAGAGUUUUAGAGAACGCUGAGUGGAUCAGUACUCUAUGCUGGUGCUAAAAGUUAUCUAUGUAUUUAACUACUUGCUUUUGUGUUUGUGAGAUGUAAAGGAAAUCUUAUGUGUAUACUGUACUGUAUGUGAGCAUUAAAUUAAGAAAUCAAGUAAGA